AUGGAAGCAGAAACAUCAGAAGCCCAGAAGCAACUCAAGGGUCUUCAUGGACAUCUCAAGGAUGCCCAACUGCAAUUAGACGACGCUCUGCGCAGUAAUGAUGAUCUCAAAGAGAACAUCGCCAUCGUGGAGAGACGCAACAAUCUACUGCAGGCUGAACUGGAUGAGCUGAGAUCCUUGGUCAGAGAGCUGGAAAAUGAGGUGGAGCUGGAACAGAGAAAGGCGAGCGAGUCUGUGAAAGGAGUCCGUAAAUAUGAGAGACGCAUCAAGGAGCUCACCUACCAGACUGAGGAGGACCGUAAGAAUCUGGCACGUCUUCAGGAUCUGGUGGACAAACUUCAGCUGAAGGUCAAGUCCUACAAGAGAGCUGCUGAGGAGGCGGAGGAACAGGCGAAUGCUAACCUGGGCAAGUUUCGUAAGCUGCAGCAUGAGCUGGAUGAGGCAGAGGAGAGGGCUGAUAUUGCUGAAUCUCAGGUCAACAAGAUGAGAGCCAAGAGCCGUGACACUGGAUCUAAGAAAGGGCACGACGAAGAGUGA